AUGACGUCCCGCAAGACGCAGCAGGAGAUCGAUAAGACCUUCAAAAAGGUUGCGGAGGGUAUUCAGACGUUCGAAGGAAUAUACGAGAAGAUCCGUGCUGCCACAAAUCCCACACAACGCGACAAGCUUGAAGAGAACCUCAAACGAGAGAUCAAAAAACUCCAGCGAUAUCGUGAUCAAAUAAAAUCAUGGGCUUCGGGCAAUGAAGUCAAAGACAAAGGGCCGUUGCUUGAGCAGCGUAGGGCCAUUGAGACGUGCAUGGAACAGUUCAAAGCCGUUGAGAAAGAGAUGAAGACCAAAGCUUAUUCCAAAGAAGGUCUCUCUGCAGCUUCGCGACUCGAUCCAAAAGAGAAGGAGAAGGUCGAAACGUGCGAUUUUCUGUCCAACAUGGUGGAUGAAUUGCAGCAGAAGAUUGAAGCCAUGGAGGCAGAAGAAGAGUCGCUCCACAUGUCCAUGAAGAAAGGGAAGAAAGAUGUCACAAAGACCAACCGUCUAGCAGAUAUUUCACGCAUAACGGAACGUCAUAAAUGGCAUGUCAAUAAACUGGAGCUGUUGCUGCGAUCACUUCAAAAUGGCAACAUCGAGACAAAUCAGGUGCUGGAUCUCAAAGAGAGUAUCAAGUACUAUGUGGAAGAUGGCCACAAUCUAGACUACUCUGGAGAAGAUGAGACGCUGUACGACGAUCUCAACAUGGGCGACGAGACAGAAGCGCAGUUCGGGUUAAGCGGUGACAACGACCGUGUGUCGUCGCAAGAUACUCAGUCAAUACAAGAGGAAGAGAUCGAAAUCAAGCCCAAGCCAGCAUCGUCGUCCAAGUCGUCCGAAGCCACUGGACACCGCAGACCGUCUGCUCAGAUGAAGUCUCCACUUCCCGUUCUAGCAACACUGCAUCCGUCCAGCUCAAGCAGCUCAACCACCGGCAUGAAACCUGCUCCCCCUCCCACGCGUCUGCCCGGUGAAACCUUGAAGUACGCGUCUGCCGCCGCUGCAGCUGCAGCAAGUGACAAGAACGGCGUUGGCAUCGCCCCUCUCCCUCCUCCGCCUGGCGCUAGCCCCGCCUUCCCAGCUGCAGUGCCCGCCUCCAAGGCAUCGUCUACCGCCUCACCUGUAGUCACCCUCGCACAGCCUGUUCCGAAAGCUACACCCACAUCUGCUAUCGUAGCGGAGGAAGGUUGCUCACGGACUCCUGCUUUCAGUCCCAAGAUCUCUGCCGCCGUCAGCGCUGCAAAUACGACGCCCACCACCCCUGCGAUGGACAAGGCAGAAACCGCCACCACCAAGUCGCAACCCGCUGUCAACGGACAACUCGGAAAAGAGAGCCAGGCCCAGGAAGAUGGCGAAGAGUCCAUCUACCAUCUGCCUCCUGGUCUGCAGGAUCUGAUUCAUUCGUUCGAGGUUACUAAGAGUCGCGCUUCGGCCAACCCUACUAGCCAGCCCCAGUCUGUGCAGCGUCUUCUCACCGCGUCCGCAACCAAUUGCCCCGAGCCCGCCGAUGCCGAGAAACCCCGUCACUAUAAGCCCCAGAACCCUUACAACACCCCUCUGUACUAUCCGCAGGAGCCUCUGGCUAUCUUGGACGAUCCUCGCCUUUACGAGACUGGGCGUAUCGACACUGAUACCUUGUUCUACUUGUUUUAUUACCGUCAGGGCACCCAGCAGCAGUAUUUGUCGGCAAAGGCGCUCAAAAACCAGAGCUGGCGAUUCCACAAGCAGUACCAGACCUGGUUCCAGAGACACGAAGAGCCCAAGACCAUAACCGAGGAGUUCGAACAGGGCACCUACCGCUUCUUUGAUUAUGAGAGUACUUGGAUGAACCGCCGCAAGGCUGAUUUCAAGUUCGUUUACAAGUACCUGGAAGACGAACUGUAA